AUGCUUGAGAUUGGUUGCCAAGAAAGUUACUUUAGAAGCCCCAAUUCUUACUGGCGUAAAAUGUCGCGCACCAUGGAGUGGGCGGCGAGGCCGGAGCACUUGGGAGGAAUUCCCAGAAAACUACUGAUUGCGGCGGUGGGCGCCUUCGCCAAAACGGUGUCGUCUCUGCUGAACACUACCUCCGUUCACAACGCCGACACCCUCCUCCGCCUCGUCCGCUCCAGACCCCGCCGCAUCCCACUCAUCACCGUUAGCAAUCACAUGUCCACUUUGGACGAUCCGGCUAUGUGGGGUUUUAAGGGUUUUCCCAUCUUCGAUACUAAGUUGGCUCGAUGGGUUCUCGCGGCGGAAGAUAUAUGCUUCAGGAAUGCCCUCUAUUCCUAUAUUUUUCGAGUUGGGAAAUGCAUACCUAUUACAAGAGGUGGUGGAAUUUAUCAAGAUCACAUGAAUGAAGCGCUUGAGCGCUUAAAUGAUGGAGAAUGGCUGCAUACUUUUCCAGAAGGAAAGGUGAAUCAAGAAGAGAUACCUAUAAGGAGGUUGAAAUGGGGAACUGCUAGUCUAAUUGUCCGAGCAGCUAUAACUCCAAUCGUAUUGCCAAUUGUCCAUCAUGGUUUUCAUGAGGUGAUGCCAGAGAAAUAUCUGUUUGAUAGACGACCUCCUUUACCAUUAUGGAAUAAGAAAAUUGACAUUAUUAUUGGCGAUCCAAUUGAAUUUGACCUUCCAGCAUUGAGGCAAAAAGCUAUUUCCCAAUCUCGUAGUGAGUCAUUCCCAACUGUUGGAUGGCCGAGCACUUAUGAUGGUUUGGAUGAAGCAGCGCAAAGAUAUCUCUACACCACAAUUUCAGAGCAAAUCCGUGGUGCAAUGGAGAGAUUAAGGUGUUUUGGUAAAAGUUUUUUGAAGUCAUAG